AAGCCGAUUACCGCUGAUCUCCAUCGUGAUUCUGUUUUCACCGUCUGUUCCCUCAAUCUAUUUCUGUUUUGCGUCGCUGCCGGGACGAUAAGCUUUCUCGUUUUGAUACAUUUUCGCAGCACCCGGUAACUCCUGCAAACUUUGUAGCAUGCUGAAGUGUUUCCUGCAGGCUCUGCUUUUUCUGGGAAAGCCGACAUUCGAGCUGUAAUCUGGCAGUGAGCUACUGAGUGUGAUGUGAGCUGCACCGCGGACUAACUUUUCUGUACCAUGGUAAACCUGGAUUACCUUUCCCUGCUAACGGAGUUUUGAAGCGCGUUCUACCCACGGCAGUGAGCGCCUAGUGGGGAUGUGAUGUGAUGCCUCGGGUUACUGUUUGAAAGUUGGCACCUAAAAUAAAAACCAAAAUCCGGGUGGACAUAAAAUGCAGAAGGGCGUGCGGUACAACGAGGGCCACGCUCUGUUUCUGUCUGUGGUUGCCCGUAAAGAGGGCUCAAAGCGCGGCUUCUUGAGCAAGAAGACCACGGAGAACAGCCGCUGGACCGAGAAGUACUUCGCCCUCUACCAGAACGUGCUCUUCUACUUCGAGAACGACCAGAGCUCGAGACCCUCGGGCAUAUACCUGCUGGAGGGAUGCACGUGCGAGCGGGGACCUGCACCCAAAGUCUCCGCCAUCAGCAAGGAGCCGGUGGAGAAACAGCAGCACUACUUCCUGGUGGUUUUUGGCCACGAUGGACAGAAACCUCUGGAGCUGCGGACGGAGGAAGAGUCCGACUGCAACGAGUGGGUGGAGUCUGUGCAGCAGGCCAGUUACUCUGACAUCAUCAUCGAGCGUGAGAUCCUGAUGCAGAAGUACAUCCACCUGGUGCAGAUCAUGGAGACGGAGAAGAUCGCAGCCAAUCAGCUCCGCACUCAGCUGGAGGACCAGGACACGGAGAUCGAGAGGCUCAAAGCUGAGAUUGUUAUGAUGAACAAAACCAAGGAGAGGAUGCUGCCUUACCACAACAACCAAGAGGAGGAAGACCCAGAUAUUAAAAAGAUCAAAAAGGUUCAGAGCUUCAUGCGAGGCUGGCUGUGUCGGAGGAAGUGGAAGAUCAUCGUCCAGGACUACAUCUCCUCCCCUCACGCUGAGAGCAUGAGGAAGAGGAACCAGAUCGUCUUCAACAUGGUGGAGGCAGAGACAGAGUACGUCCACCAGCUCUCCAUCCUCGUCAACUGUUUCCUGCGGCCGCUCCGCAUGGCGGCCAGCUCCAAGAAACCUCCCAUCAACCACGAUAACGUCAGCACCAUCUUCCUAAACAGUGAGACCAUCAUGUUUUUGCACGAGAUCUUCCAUCAAGGUCUGAAUGCUCGGAUCGCCAACUGGCCCACUCUAGUUCUUGCGGACCUGUUUGACAUCCUGCUGCCAAUGCUGAACAUCUACCAGGAGUUUGUGCGUAACCACCAGUACAGCCUGCAGGUUCUGGCUAACUGUAAGCAGAACAGAGACUUCGACAAGCUGCUCAAACAGUACGAGUCCAACGCUGCCUGUGAGGGCCGCAUGCUGGAGACCUUCCUCACCUACCCCAUGUUCCAGAUUCCACGGUACAUCAUCACUCUUCAUGAGCUGCUGGCUCACACACCUCAUGAGCAUGUGGAGCGAAAGAGUCUGGAGUUUGCCAAAUCCAAACUGGAGGAGCUGUCGAAGAUGAUGCACGAUGAGGUGAGCGACACUGAGAACAUCAGGAAGAAUCUGGCCAUAGAGAGGAUGAUUGUAGAGGGCUGUGACAUCCUUUUAGACACCAGUCAGACUUUUGUCAGACAAGGCUCUCUCAUCCAGCUGCCGUCCAGCAGCGAGCGGGGGAUGCUCAGUAAAGUCCGCCUGGGCUCCCUCUCUCUGAGGAAGGAAGGAGAGCGCCAGUGUUUCCUCUUCACCAAACACUUCCUCAUCUGUACACGAACAUCUGGAGGAAAGCUUCACCUGCUGAAGCAAGGAGGCACGUUGUCUCUGAUAGAGUGCACCCUAAUUGAAGAACUAGAGGCCAAUGAUGAGGACUACAAUGCAGCAGGUCAAGGCUUCAACCACCUGGAGUUUAAGGUCGUGGUGGAGCCUCCUGACGGUCAGGCCUUCUCUGUCGUCCUCUUGGCUCCUUCACGCCAAGAAAAGGCCGCCUGGACCAGUGAUAUCAGCCAGUGUAUCGAUAAUAUCCGAUGUAACGGCCUGAUGACCAGCGUCUUUGAGGAGAACUCCAAAGUAUCCGUGCCGCACAUGAUCAAAUCCGAUGCCCGUCUGCAUAAAGACGACAUCGACAUCUGCUUCAGUAAGACCCUGAACUCCUGUAAGGUCCCUCAGAUCCGGUAUGCCAGUGUGGAGCGGCUGCUGGAGCGACUCACUGACCUGCGCUUCCUCUCCAUCGACUUCCUGAACACCUUCCUCCACACCUACAGGAUCUUCACCACGGCGGCCGUCGUCAUCGACAAGCUGGCCGACAUCUACAGGAAGCCGUUCACCUCCAUUCCCGUCAGGAUCGAGCGGCUUUCAUGUGACCGUCUGUCCAUCAUGUCCCUCUGUCCUGACUACAGUCUGAAGAUCACACAGCUGGCCCUGGACCAGUCCAAGUCUCUGGAGCUCUUCUUCGCCACCAACCAGGGCUCAUGGGGGACGGACCCUCUGAACAACAAAUCCCCGAGGCUGAUCCGCAAGUUUUCCUCUCCUCCGCCCCUCAUCCUCUCCUCCCGCACCUCCUCCCCCGUCCACUGCCGCAAGCUCUCCCUCAAUUGCCCCAUCAGUGGAAAACCAGGAGUCUUGGAUGUGUCCCCCACCUCUUCUGCAGCCAACUCCCCCACCUUCAGUCACUGCCCCUCCAUCUCCUCCCCUCCUCCCAACUCACCCAGGCCUACCUCUGGCUUUUUCUCCUCUCUGCCCACCACCCCGCACUCUCCCAGCCUCCCCCAUGCCUCCGGAGUUUCCUCCCCGCCCCCCACCUCCACCAAGGCCCCCAUGGACUUCAGCCGCGGUCCCGGGUCCCCAGAGCCGAGCCCAGCUGUCGGGGAGGACGUCAGCGGAGAGCUGCCUCGCUUAGACGCCUUCUGUGGGAAGCUGAGGCGCAGCAUCCGCAGGGUUGUUCUGGAGUCAGUUUCUAUGGACAAGUUUCUCCCUGAAACACCGGCAAGCAGCGAGCCGGGCGACAUGUCUCCCUGCCGCUCGCCUUCAACACCGAGACACCUCCGCUUCAGACAGUCAGGAGUCACACCCGGGGAUAACUCGCGCUGCCCGUUGUCGCCAGCUUCAGCAUUUGCAAUCGCCACAGCUGCUGCGGGGCAUAGCAGCACCCAGAGUUUUAGUAAUUCUGACAAAGUCUGUGACAAGGAAUUCAUCAUCCGGAGAGCUGCGACCAACAGAGUUCUCAACGUGCUGCGACACUGGAUUUCCAAGCACUCUCAGGACUUUGAAAUGAACAUUGAGCUGAAGAUGGGGGUGAUCAAUCUGCUGGAGGAGGUGCUGCGAGACCCUGACCUGCUGCCUCAGGAGAGGAAAGCAACAUCAAACAUUUUAAGUGCACUUUCUCAAGAAGAACAAGAUGAUGCUCAGCUGAAGAUAGAGGACAUAUUACAGAUGAAAAGCUGUCCCCUACUACACUUCAUUGCGGCCGAGAGUCCUAAAGCGGAGUGUUUUGAGUCCCUCUCAGCCAUGGAGCUUGCAGAGCAGAUCACAAUGCUGGACCACAUCGUGUUCAGGAGUAUUCCCUACGAGGAGUUCCUCGGUCAGGGCUGGAUGAAGGUCGACAAAACCGAGAGGACGCCGUACAUCAUGAAGACCAGCCAGCAUUUUAAUGAUAUGAGUAACCUGGUGGCGUCUCAGAUCAUGGCCCACACUGACGUUGGCUCCCGAGCUAACUCCAUAGAGAAGUGGCUGGCAGUGGCCGAUAUCUGCCGCUGCCUCAACAACUACAACGGCGUGCUGGAGAUCACCUCGGCUCUGAACCGCAGCCCCAUCUACAGGCUGAAGAAGACCUGGGCCAAAGUCUGCAAACAGACAAAGGCGCUCAUGGACAGGCUGCAGAAGACUGUGUCAACGGAAGGACGGUUCAAGAAUCUCAGAGAGACACUGAAAAACUGUAACCCUCCAUGUGUCCCGUACCUGGGCAUGUACCUCACUGACCUGGCUUUCAUUGAGGAGGGAACACCCAACUUCACAGAGGAAGGCCUGGUUAACUUCUCCAAAAUGAGGAUGAUUUCUCAUAUUAUCCGGGAGAUUCGUCAGUUUCAGCAAGCACCUUACAGGAUAGAGCACCAGCUCAAGGUGACUCAGUUCCUCCUGGAUAAGACACUAGUGAUGGAUGAAGAUACCCUCUAUGAUCUCUCGCUGAAGAUCGAACCCCGAGUACCCCCUGGCUAACUUCAUUACACACAAACAUAUUCACUUAGACAAAAUAUACAUCCAUCUUUACAAUAUUAACUAUAAUUAAACACAACUUGAGUUUCUUUCUUAAUGGCAGGGGUCGUUUCAUAAAACACCCCGAGUUAUUGUGCUAAGGAAACUCGGGAGAAAAUGUGCCUUGUUGUGUAAAUAUCUGAUGUGUAUAUUUCGUAAACAGAAUGAACUGUAUAACAUACACAACUCUGCCAUACAAUCGUACUGUUAUGACGGUAGAAACAACUACUUAAACAUGGCACUAGAAAUUAACAUGUUGCUGCUAUCACAUUGUAAAUACUAAACAACCUGCCUCUGUAGUCUUGCACAUAAACAUUGUUAGAUGAUUUUUAGAUGAUUUGUAUGAUAAUGGCCAGAUUAAUCUGCUCAGUCCCUGGGUAUCAUUUUGUGCAGCAUUUACACAGAAUACAUAAAAGUAACUUGAUGAUGUGUUCAAAGACACGUUGCUCACUGGGAGCAAACAGUCCCUUCUUUGGCCACUUGGGGCAGCAGAACAAGCUGGAAACAUGAUUAUGAAUUUUUACUUCGAGCUCUGUUUUGGUCUCCGCCAACUCUUUAAAGGAAUAUCAGUUAAAAAGCUUCACUUUCCCAACAAGCUUUUCUUUAAAUGUGUGUGUUUGCUACACAGUGUUUUUAUAUAGAGAUUAACCAAAAAACAGUUGCCCUCUCCUGCAAGAAGCAAGGUCUAUGAGAGCUGUAAGACUCAACCAUAUUUGUGAAGUUGCGGGAUGUAGGUCUAAAAUCAAAACAAUGAGGUGUAACCCCUUUCACAUUACACAGUCAUUAAACCAUUGUUAAUAUAGUAUAUAGUUUGUAUUUGCUGAGAAUUGCCCUUAUCAAUAUGUUAAUAUUAAUAAUGCAAUAUUUCUCUGAUGCACACACUGUACACUAUCUAGUCAGCACCAAACAACAGACCAACAAAGUUAGCAGAAAGCUAUAAUUGAGUACAAAGAAUCAUUUGUAACUCACAAAAGUAUAGUGUUUUAAGGCAGCUUGCAUGUGGGGAUAAAAUACUACCGGGGGUCUCUGUGGGUGUCACACUACCUGCAGUACCAACUGUGGCCACCUCUGUGAUAUUUGCCUCUCAGGCCAGAUCUGAUCACAGUGAGAGCUGAUUUCAGAUCAAGGCCCCCACUGUAUCAUGUCAGUUUAUAUUAAGCUUUAAUAUUGCGUAUACCAAAAUGAUUAGUAAUUAAAUUGCCAGAGACCAAAACCCCCCGUAAACCUCAGUUAUUAGAGGCUCGAGGUGCACCGCUCUGGGGAAUUUCCACUUGACCUGGUUGGUAGGUCAGCUUUCUGCAUAUGUCUGGGUCCCACGUGGUUUCCUAAACAGCUGGAGUACAGUUGAAAUAUGUGUAUCUUAAACGUACUGUCUCGCCUGUAUCUUGGUGACGUUGAGCUCACAGGGGAUGACGGAGCAUUUUCUUAUCAUUGCUCAUCCGUUAAGGUUUAUAUUGAUGCAGUUGCCACUUUAUUGCAUUUGCAUGUUACAGCAAAACUCUUUGUAGUUUACACACAUUCCAAAUCUGCAAAUGUACUGCAAAUGUCAUAUUUAUUCAUAUGUUUGACAAUCAAAACCUGUUUCAAAUCAUAUUUCUUCAGUUUUGUAAUAUAGUGAUUUUGUGCACAAAUCUUUCUGAUUUUGAAUAAUCACAUUCCUGCUCUUGUCACCAGUAUCAGCCUGAAAGGUUUCUUACAUGAUACAAAGCCCCUACAGCUACAUUUUUAUUUUAUGUGUACCAUUUUCUUUUUAUAAUUCCAUUUCCAAUGUGAUCUUUAAAUCAUAUUCAUAUUUUAAACCUUGUGGACUGUUUUAGUAAAAUAGUUAUAGCUUUGCACUAUGGAUUUCUUAUGAAUGUCAAUAGACUCUAAACUUGUUUAUAGCAUGAUUAUAGCACGAUGUCCUUUGUGUCCUUGGGAUUACUGUUAUCCUUAUUGUUGACUUUUACUGAGUUUUAGAUUUAUUCAUUUAUUUUGGCUAUUUUCUGAUGUCAGGAAUCUUCAAAAUAUUCGCUGCGUUAGUAUUGCUUUCUUACAUUACUGUAUACUUUAAAUUCAAACUUUGCUGUUGUAUAUUUCCAUGCAUUUCUCAGUUUGAUGUACAGAUAUUUACACACAAUAAAAGCAAAAAAAGUGAA